CUCCUCUGUGAACGUCCACAAUGUCGCCAAUUGAGAAAAAGCGUAAACACAUUAAUAAACAUGAUGAGUCCAAAAAGAAAAUACGAAAACAAGGGCUAACUACUGUUGGAAGAAAAACUGACAGAAAAUUGACGUUGCUCGAGCGUUUACCCUACGAAUUGCUGUCGAGAAUUUUUCUGCUAUCCAAAAAUGAUAGUUUAGCUGCUGUGUCUCCUGUUCUGUGGAACCGACUUGGAAUCAAGGAGAAAAUACCUUCAUAUUUGUACAUUGACUUUACUCUAUGCAUGAAUCCCAAAAGCGUGAUCCUUGCAAUUCAACGCUCUCUACCUCGCCGGUAUUUUACAUUGCAAGUAUUGAACCGAAUAGAUGAACUUGUAGCAGCUGGCUAUGUCAAAAAGAGUCAAAAAGAAGAGAUCAUAAACGGAAAGGUAAUCCAUCCAGGACAUAAAGGACAUAUUCCACGGCGUAUUUUGUUUCAACCUAAUGCUCGGCGGUUUAUCGAAGAUCUAAAAACCCGAAGAUUUUCUUUGAAAACUUCUACGUUGACGAAUGGGUUUCUAAUUAGUAUAAAGAUGAAAGAUUCGAAUCGGCUCAUGCAAAUCGGUCAUCUUGUUUAUCAAGAAGUUGUGAGUAAAGAAGAAAACGAUGUUGAAACAGUUUUUCAGCCCGCAUUUGAACAAUGUAUAAUAAAGGACUCUGUGGAGCUUCUAGAUACUGUCUACAGCUUCUGGUUUAAUCUUGCUCAGAUGCGUUGGUCAAAGUUUCGCAUUGAUGGCUUUUUGGCACAGUCUUUGGAGUAUGCUGUUUCUAGAAAAGCAACUAAUUCUGUUCAUUAUCUAAUAGGAAAAGGUGCUAUUCCUCAGUUGGCUACUCUACUUAAAUUCUAGUAGUGAACUCUGGCAGUAAAAUAGCCAAUUGCGAACUUUUACUUUCUAUUCAUUUCUAAUACCAUGUGGUUGGUAUAAUGAUUACAUUCGUUUUUGUUAAAAACUUCGGUUUAUUUUUGUGUUAAUGAUCGCUCGUUACUGCAUACGCAUUCUUUCGUUUUUAGAGGUUUUGGGG